AUGAUCUUCUACAUUCGGAACUCCCAAAAAUCUGAUUGUCCCCAUUUUACAAUACCUCGCUCUACCUCGCUCUACCUCGCUCUUGUGAAUCUUGGCCUACCUACCGCAGUUUUGAGGUCCCUGACCAAACGGUACCAGAACAAGAAUUGGGAAGAAGAACGUCGAAAAAGGACUUCUGAUGAAAUUCGCCGAAGUGCAAGGCUUAGAUAUCUGCGGCAGAUACGCGAGACCUACAUACUUACCAACCCUGAGCUUUGGCGACUUGCAAAUGUUGUGCCGCCGGCAUGCAGUGACGAUGAGACCGACCUCGAGCAAAUCUCAACACCUAGCCAGCAGGGCCCGGUUAUACCCUGUGUGAUACGAAGCGUUAAAUGGCGAAGCAACAAUCUCAAGACAAUAUGUAUGUUACUUGAUCUUGCUAAAUCAAAGGUUGAUUCAAGUAAACCACGCAAGAAGGGUGCAUCACCAAGGCAAAGUGGUCGGCCAAACCGUCCUCGGUAUCGCUGCAUAGGUGGACCACAAAGUCAGGUACCUGCACCAAGUGGCCUUCCGGUAGACUGCUAUUCUUCGACUUGGCUCCAGAAACUUUCUCCCCUGGAAAGAACCCAGCUAGAAGUCAAUCCUGUACCUAUUCUGGAUGAACUGCUUCCUCUCGUCGAAAAACUUUGA